AUGUAUGUCGCGAUGUUACUACUUCUAGUAGCCAGUCCAGUGGCUGUGUAUUCGAGUGUAAAUGGUGGAACAAGUUGUAUCGCCUGUACGGCUAGUGUGAGUCUUGUCGACCAGCUGGCUUUGGUACACACCGAGGGAAUCGACAAAGCAAUGCAGCGACUGUGUUCAUUUCUACCAGAUGAUUACAAAAGUGUAUGUAAAGAAUUCGUCAGUUUAGCCGGACCUAUAAUUAUAGACCUCUUAGCUAAUGGAGAAAAUCCAGACACUGUUUGCCAAGCAUUACAAGUAUGCAAGACAGAACCACCUAACCCGACAUGCCACAUGUAUCCUAAACCCAAAAAUGGAUUCCAUGUUGAUGCUCAUAGAAGCAAAAUAAUGACGAAAUACUCCGACAAAUUGAAGGAGAUUGCAGAUAUCGACAUUUGUGGCAUGUUACCAGGAUUAAAACAAAUAUGUAAAUUAGCUGACAGACUUCCACAUGCGGGGCCUGGUGAAUAUAUGCCAAAAGUUGACUUUGACGGAGACGGGUACAGUACUUUAGAUGUGCUGCGUGGGACGUCGUGGCGCGGAAAAGACUGUGACGAUCGCCGAGCAGCUCUGCACCCUGGAGCAAGACCUGAGGACUGGGAUCGAUAUGAAGACUCCAACUGCAACGGUAUUUACGGUAUCGAUCCUGUUAGUAGCAAGCCAUAUGAGCAACUACUGUGCGCUGAUUCCGACCCGAUGGGUAUUGUCGUACUCGGAGAUUCGGGAGCUGCCCAUUUCCAUAUUCCCGGAGAAUGGUUUACGCCCUCUAUUUUGAACAUGGAAAUGUUCCUUAACGUGACGUUCGUGGCUGGCAAUGAGCUUGAUUGGCCAUCUAUGUCAGCAGUAACAGGGUUUCAAAAUUUGACUAUGCCGAUAAUUCAUGGUUGGACUGACUCCUUGUAUCAAAGAUUACGUCAGAGAAAUUUGUGCAAUCAUCGUGAUUAUCAGAGCAUAGCAGUUAACGGUGGGGCGUGCGGCAACAUGAACACAAUUGUGAAAAGUUUAUCCCGGAACCAGCAAAAAGAUUACCCGGUAUUAGCCAUCUACUCAUUGGUGGCCAAUGAUGUGUGCAAUGGGCAUCCAGAUACCAUUGCUCACAUGACUACACCAGCGGAAAUGAGACAGGAAACACUGAUCACACUGGAUUAUUUGGACACUGUCCUUCCAAAGGGCAGCUCUCUAGUAAUCACUGGUAUGUUUGAUGGUACCAUUGUAUAUCGAUACAUGCACAACCUGUUCCAUCCACUGGGGCAACUACGUAAGGAUCUCACUUACGCCACCGUGUAUGAGUAUUUAAUGUGCUUACAGAUAUCACCCUGCAAUGGAUGGAUGUCUGCAAACGAAACACUCAGAAAUCUCACAUCAGAGCGAGGUGCGGCGUUGAGUAGGGUUCUGCAAGACCUGGUGGAGAAAAGCAACUAUACUAAUUAUAAACUUUAUUAUUUGGACUUCGCUAUUGGUAUAAAUGCAGAGAUUGACAAUUACAUCAAUCACGGUGGUAGUGCAGCCGAUAUAUUUGAAUCAGUGGAUGGUUUUCACCCAGCACAAACGUUACAACGAAUUUUGUCAGAAUACAUAUGGAGCAAUCUGAUGGCCAAGCACCCUCAAACUCUCGGAAGAGUGAACACAAACAAUGAGCAGAUAUUAAAGCUUUUCGGUGAUCAAGGAGGGUAUUAAGAUUCAUCAUGUAUUGGGUGUGUAGUACGUCUUUGUUUCCAAGAUUGAAGCACAGUCAGC